AUGAGUAAUAAAAGAAGAGGAAAAAGUUUACUUUACGACGAUUAUGAUGAUGAUUUCGAAGAUUAUGAUAAUUAUGAUGAAAAAGAAUAUUGCGAAUUUGAUUGUAAAGAAGAAAAAAAAAUUGUUAAUAUAAAACAAGAAAAGGAUAGUAAUAAAAAGAAGGGAAAUAAUAACAAUGCCAAAAAUGAUACAAUAAAAAAGAAUGAAAAUAUUAACAAUGCCAAAAAUGAUACAAUAAAAAAGAAAGAAAAUAUUAACCAUAUCACAAAUGAUAAAAUAAAAAAGAAAGAAAAUAUUAACCAUAUCACAAAUGAUACAAUAAAAAAAAAAGAAAAUAUUAUCACAUUACAAAAUAUUAAAGACAACAAUAAAUAUAUAAUGCUGAACACAUUAAAUGUACUUGUAUUAGGACAUAUUGAUGCUGGUAAAUCUACACUAAUAGGUGCUUUACUUUAUAAUUUAAAUUAUGUUUCUGAACAAACCAUAAAAAAAUAUGAACAUGUCAGGGAAAGUGCGAAAUAUACUUAUAUAUUAGACGAAGAAGAAGAUGAAAGAGAAAGAAACAUAACUCUUUUUAAUAAAAGAAAAGAAUUUUAUAUAUAUUUUACCAAAGAUGAUAUAAAGUUAGCAUAUGAUAUUAUAACAAAUGAAAAUGAUUAUAAUAAUGAUGAACAGCAUAAACAAAAUAUAGAAAAAAAUACAAAUGAAACAUAUACAAAUGAAACAUAUACAAAUGAAACAUAUACAAAUGAAACAUAUACAAAUGAAAUAUGUACAAAUAAAAAUAUUUAUGUUAAUAAAAACAUAUUUGAAGAUUUUUAUAAAAGGAAAGUUAUACAUGAAGAUGUUAUAUGUAUUAAAAAGAUAAAUAUAUUUGAUACACCUGGUCAUAACGAAUUAGUAAAUAAUUUACAUACAUGCAGUUUUUAUGCAGAUUGUGCUAUAUUAGUAGUUGAUGCGAAUAAUAUAUAUAACCAAAAGAACGAUGAAACAUAUAGGAAUGUAUGUAUUUUAAAAUCUGUAGGAAUUAAUAAUAUCAUUAUAGUAAUCAACAAAUUAGAUUUAUUUGAUUAUGAUAUAAAAGUGUUUGAACAUAUAUGUUCUAUUAUUAAAUCAUAUUUUGAAUGUCCUAAAAAUGAUAGUAUUUAUGAAUUUGUUUUUAAUCUUAAUUUUUAUGUACAUAAAAAAUGUCUACAAAAUGAAAAGAAACAAAAAUUAUUAGAAAGGAAUUUAUUAUUUACACCUGUUUCAGCAUAUAAAAAUAAAAAUAUUGUAAACUUUGAACAAAAUGAAAACAUACCAUUAUUCAAUAAUUAUCUAUGUUUAUAUAACCAAAUUAAAUUUAUGAAUAUAAAAAAAGAUUUAUUUUUCUUUAAAUUAUGUGAACAAAUUUUAGACGAACAAAAAAAAGAUUCUUUCACAUUAAAUUCAUAUUAUAAUUUUAUUAAAAAUAAAAAUCAUUUAUUUUUUGCAAAUAAUAUCUUUUUUAAUUUUGAUAAGGAAAAAAAUCAAUUCAAUUCAAUCAAAAAUGUAACAAAUGAAGAUAACCAUUUUGUAGGUGUAGUUCAAGAUUUUACUCAAUCAAAUAAUAUGAUAAAAGCUAGUAUUAAAAUAUUACAUGGUUAUCUAAAAACAAAAGGUAUAUCUUAUACUUUAUUACCAUGGAAAGAAAAUGUCACCAUAAAAAAAAUUGAAACAAAAAAUGAUAUCUUUUAUAAAUUUAUAAAUAUUGACCAUUUUUCAACUCUUUUAGCAAAUACACCAAAUAUAAUUAAUAUGAUUAAAAAUAGCCCUCUUCCACAAUCAAAAAAUCUAACAAAUAUAGAUAAUAAAAAUGUAGAUAAAGAAAAAAAUAAAUCAAAUACAUGUAAGCAACAAAAUUAUAAUAUAUCAUGUUCAAAUAUUAUAAAUCAUAAAUAUAAUUCGGAUCAAAACAAUUUUUUUAUUUUAAAUACCAUUGAAAAUAUAUCAGAACUAGCCAAAUAUUGCUCCAUCCAAAAUGAACACUUAAAUAUAACUAAUGAUAUCAUUGAUAAUGUGUACCUUAAAAUUGAUGAUAACAAAAUAAAUAAUGGUUGUAUUUUAAUAAAUACAGAAACAUUAGAAAACGAGGAAGAACAAGAAAACAAACAAAAUAAAGAAAAUAAAGAGAAUAAAGAAAAUAAAGAGAAUAAAGAAAAAUGUAACUUAUCAUUUAAUACAAUACAUAAUAAUAUUUUUCAUGUCAUCCCUUGUAACAAAUUUAAAGUAUUAAUAAAAUUAAAUGAAAUACGAAUUCCACUUAUUAUAGGUAGACAAUAUCUUUUUUAUUCUUUAAAUUUUGCACAUAGUGUAACUGUUACAAAUAUUUUUUCUCUUUAUAAAAAAAAUAUUAGUUCAAAUUCUGACAAUUUGUCAAUUUCAUCAAAUAAAUUAAAGUUUGCUGAUAAUAAAAAUAUAACGGAUAUUGAAAAUUAUGAAAAAAAUUUUAACAAAUAUAUUGAUAAUAAUAAUAAUAAUUUUACAUUUUAUGAAAAACUUGAUAAUAAAAAAUGUUUACGUAGUCAUGAUAUAGGUAUUAUAGAAAUACAAGUUAAUAAUAAUUCUCUUAUUUGUGCACAAUAUUUCAGAGAGGAAUUAAAAUAUUUUAUUUCUUUAGAUACACCAUUUUUUAAUAUUUAUGAUUUUCUCUUUUUUACCAUUUCACCAUUGUCUCGUUUUAUUUUAUCUGAAGAAAAUCAAAUAAUUGCCAGUGGAUUAAUAUUAACAAAAUCAUGA